AUGGCUGCGCCCAAAAUUGCAAAGUAUUCCCUCUCUGAGCUCAAGAACACCACCGAUGAUGCCCUGCCGAAUUACCUCAAUUCCCUCAAGUUCAAUCAAGCACACUUCCUCACCGAUGUGAAAUUAGCGCUAGGAUACUCGGCGGUCACAAUCGCUGGUGUGUUGUUCUAUGCAGACUGGAAGCUCGGCUGGGACGCGACCAAAGGCGCUACUCUCUGGGCUGUCAUGGCCUACUUUACGCUCAAUUCAAUACUGACAUUCUGGAUAUGGGGGGUCGAACGGGGAAAGGUCUACUCUGGAGAAUUCAAUGGCACACUCAUAUCCGUUGCUUCGAGUACAACAAAAUAUACACCACUCUACGACAUUACUGUAAGGCUACAGUCGCCGAUGAAAGAAGAAACAAAUUUGAAACUAUCAGCCCCAUUCACACGAUGGUUCGAUGCUGAUGGCUGCUUUAUUGCUAAGCCGUUCCAGCAAUGGCUGUCCACUGAAGUGCCCCUAAUCGGGCAGGCGGACCCAAAAAGCAAACAGGGCAAAAUUGAAGGUACGAACGGAGGGAUUCAAGUCGCUGAGGCUGUACUCAUACACCAGAAUGAGACGCCUAAGAAAGCUACUGGGCACAGCGAGGGAACACCGAGUACGAGGUCGAGGAAAGGUAAAAAGUGA